GUCCGGCAGCCAGGGGUUAUCUGAGCAGUAUAAUUAUUCCAGCGCUUUCCCGCACCGCAUUCGACACUUGCAACUCCGCCGGGACGGUAUCUAAUCUACAACUAUUUCAAAAUGAGGGCUGUAACCAUUUUCUUGCUGCUGGCGUGUGUGGUGGCGAUGGCGUAUGGCGACCUGGUCUGCGGCACCAACUACUGCAAGCAGAACCCCUGCGCCGCCGCCGUGGCCAAGUCGAGCUGUCGCAACCCGUCCGUGUACCGCGCCAACCAUGCCGGCAAGUGCGCUUGCUGCCCUGCCUGCGUCACUUUCCUGGCUGAAGGACAAGCCUGCAAGACAUACAGCAAGGAGCUCGGAGAGACCCCUUCAGCCAUUUGCCAAGAGCCGCUCAGAUGCCUUAGAGGAGUCUGCACAAAGGCUUCGCCUAGGGUAUAAAUCUUCUACAACUAAACUUAACCGUGAACAGGAAUAGAUAUGAAACUCUGUAUAUAAUAUAAAAUGAAUGUGAUAUCAUAA